GGAGUCGCGCCAAUUGCUGAUAACGCCAUUUUGAGUAAAUUUGGUGAUUCGUGAAGGAACGCGUCCCUUAUUUAUUUUGAAUUGUCUUCCUUAAUUAUCAGAAAAAUGGGGAAAGAUAAAAAAACAGAAACAAGCGAAGCAUCAAGCGAAGAAGAAUAUGUCGUGGAAAAAGUGUUAAAUAAAAGAACUGUGAAGGGAAAGGUACAAUAUCUGCUGAAAUGGAAGGGUUACAAGGAAGAGGAGAGCACCUGGGAGCCAGAGGAGAAUCUGGACUGCGAGGAGCUGAUUAAGGCUUUUGAAGACAGUCGAAAGGAGAAGGAAAAAGAGCAAAAGACCAAAAAGACGGAGGAGCGCGGCAAGAAGCGAGCGCGUGAAUCGAGCGAGGACUCGAGUGCGCGGAAGAGCCGCGCCACAAGCGUCUCGUCUGUGGACGACGCCAAGAGAGAGAAGAAGGAGGAUAAGGCCAAGUCAGGUUUCGAGAGGGGGCUCAAGGCGGAGAAGAUUAUUGGUGCGUCGGAUGCGACGGGCGAGCUGAUGUUCCUAAUCAAGUGGGCCGACUCGGAUGAGGCUGAGCUGGUGCCGGCCAAAGUUGCUAAUGUCAAGUGCCCACAACAGGUGAUUGCAUUCUACGAGGAGCGGCUGACCUGGCACAACCCGUCGGAGUCGGAAUGACUGACGGCGAGGGCCUGUUGAAGCCAGUCCGCUCCACCAGCCGCUCGACCGUGCCGAACUCAGUGUUGUGUGCCCUUAGUGAUAGUGAAAGUGUUGGUGACAUGGUUAAGUUUUUAGUGUUAAAAUGACUUAAAAUAUGUUAGAAGCAGUUGUGUUUCAUGGGAAGAGUGUAUACUUUGCAAUGGUAAAUAUAUUUUGUAUGAUAUCACUAGUUUAGUUUUUAGUUGUGAUGAAUCUACUUGAAAUGUCUGUCUUCUGUCACAUUAAUAAGCAUUAACUUGCUUUUUUGUCCUGAUUGAUUGAGAAAAUGUUGGAAGGUGCUAAAUUUUCCUUUCUGUGGCAGUUAUUUGAUUUCCAUGCUUUAUUGUAGACUUGUAUUUAAAAAUGACCAGGCACAAACCAUGAAUGAAUGUGGCCAUUAGUGAUUGGAAAUUUACAUGCUUAGAACAAAAUAUAAUAAAAAAUUUAAUAUGUAUAUUUUUGGAUUUAAAUACCUUUUGAAAUUAAAGACUUUUAAACAGAUUUUAAAUGCGAUUUAUUCUAAAUAAAUACAUUACGUUUAAAAUCCAUUUGGGUCUUUAAUUUCUAAAUGUAGAAAUAAUACUUGCGUAAAAUCAAACUCAACAAAAUACUAUGUGAUUACCUUUUAGUAUUAUUGUAGCUGGUUAUUGCAUUGUGUUGAUUUAUACUAAUUUUAUAGAAAAACCACUUUUUUAUAUCUUGACGAUAUUUUAUGUAAAAUCUAGUAAAAAAAUUUACUAGUUAAGGAGAUUUGAUUUUUGUUUGUUUAAAUUUGAUUUUAAUGUAUAAAAAUUUUACCAUGCCACCUUUGGAAACUAUCCAUUAGCAUCAUAAUAUGCUUGACACUCACAUGUAUGGAACUUUAAUGUUAUUAAAGUUGAGAGGAUUUUUUCCACAUGUGUAGCUAGGGUAAGUCAGAAACUGUUGACUCAAUAAAUGGAUACUUGUAUCAAUUAAUAUAAUAAAACUACAUUUAUUUUGAAAAA